AUGUUCAAGCUUCUCGCCCUAUUUGCCGUCGCGGCCCUCGCCGCCCCUCAGGACUGGCAGAACCAGGAAUGCCCAGCAUGCCCAUCGUGCCCUCCACCGCCUCCACCACCAGCACCAGUCACUCAGACUGUUACAGUUACUACAGCUCAGUGGGUGGAUGUUUACAUUACGCCUGCCCCGGUUACCGUUUGGAGCACCGUCUACGAGGCGUGCACUCAGGGAUGGGGCGACCAUUAA